AUGGCCGAGCGUAUGGCAAAGGAACUUGCGUCCGAGGGAAAGGAAAUUGAAGACGAAGAGGUUAGAGAGACAACCUUCUUUCGUCUGGAGUCUCUGGGUUAUCGUGUCGGGCAAGGCCUUGCAGAACGCUUCGCCCGAGACCGUCCUCGAUUUACCGAUAAUCUCGAUGUGAUCAAGUUUCUUUGCAAGGAUCUGUGGACGGUUCUAUUCAAAAAACAGGUGGAUAAUUUGAAAACGAACCAUCGGCGCGUUCCGGCCAUUUGGCAGGAUGAGCAUGGCGGUGCGGAGUGA